GUGCUUCUCUUCUCUUCUCGCCCUCUUUCUCUCUCUCUCUCUCUAGUCUCUCUUUCGCUCUGCACGGUGAGCCUAGAAGUCGAAGAAUCAUCAAUGCCUUCACCGAAGCGGAAGUCGUCUUCUGAUAAUAAUCUUCUACACCACCAUGACUCCUCUCUGGAACAGCCCUCUCGCUGCAAGGAAUCGCGACGCCAACGAGGAGGAGCUGAAAAUGAUGAUGAUAAUGAAGAUGAGCGAGACUACGAACAAGAUGAAGGAGAAGAAGAGCAACAACAAGAAGAAGUGAAAGAAGAGGAACAAGACUCUGAAGAUGAGGAUUCCGAUGGAAGUCGUUCGUCUGAUGACCCUGCUAACCUACCCGAAUGGCUUCUUGUGAAACUACCAGCACUUCGUACAUACGUGCAAUGCCCAAUAUGUCUAGGGAUCAUUAAGAAAACAAGAACUGUGACAGAAUGCUUGCACCGCUAUUGCAGGGAGUGCAUUGACAAGUGGAUGCGUAUGGGGAACAAAGAGUGUCCUGCUUGCCGCACACACUGUGCCAGUCAACAUUCUUUGAGAGAUGAUCCACGAUUUGAUGCCCUGAUUCACUUUUUAUAUGAUGAUAUUGAGAAAUAUGAAGAGAAGGAACUGGCUUUUCAUGAAGAGGAAAAGACUCGCGAUAAGCAGGCAUCAACAUCUAUGAAGCAUGGACAUCUCUCUGGAGGUCACAUACCCGUGUCGGACACACUGGAGAGACUCGGACAUGUUGGGACUAAGGCUGUAUUCAGGCAUCAAUUGCCCAGUUCUUUCGUUGAUAAUCUGAAGCACUGGUAACUAGGCGCAAAACAGGUAAAGAUACGGAAUCUACAUCAGGUUCUAGAUUACCACGCAAAUAUUCUAGAAAAAGAAGAAACACUAGGUUAACUGAGCAUGAAGGAUCUGAUGACAAUGAGGAUGAAAAUAAUCAUGAUGCGAACAAAGAUUCAUCUUCGACUGAUGAGCGGUCAACAGAAAUUAAGCAUAGGAGGUACAAGAGAAAGGCAGGAGCACAGUCCUCCCAGCCUUCUCCAUCAGCUGCAAAUUCAGAUGGUGGAGGCAAUGAGAAAGACUUAGAAGCAAGCAGAAAAAGCAAAGGUACCUACUCUGGGCCUCUGCGGAGCACAGACAUGCUUUCUUGGGGCGGAGGCGGUGCUCAAUGCAAGAGUGUCUGGAACACCCGCAUAAUGAAGCUGACUAAAUAUCUCGAAAACGCAAAGGGGAAUGAUGAGUUAGAUGUCCAUCUCACACUUAUUUCUUUGGACGAACAAAGCACGGCAAGUUCGAAGCAGCUGUACCUCUGUUGCCCACAUGCUUUUCUGUUGAAAGCCUCAAAGAACAUGUUUCUCGUGAGACACAAUUACAGUAUGAAGAUAUUGAAAUACGGAUGAAGGACCUGAGUAUCAAUGGUCUGCAGUCCACCCUUGACCCUUAAACCUCAACGGAAAACAAAGAUGUACUGCAAAAUUUGGAAGGCCAUGAAACUUUGGCAGGGCUGGGAGCCAAUUGCGCUCAAGAUAAGAACCAUCUGAUUCUGGCGUAUAGGCUGAAGGAGAGAGAUUAGGAAGUUCAUCACAAACAUACUGCAGGACACAAGCUGAGGAAUGGGCCAUAUCAGUCUGUUUGAGAAAAAAAGGUUGAUUUAAAUUAUAUGCAGGGUGGCAGUACAUUACUGAGGGUCCUACUUCAUAAAUCUUUUCAGUAAAUUAUAUUCUAUGUUUUUCGAAGGAACAUUUGGUGGUUAGUACAAGAGGAGAUUAAGAGAAAGUUGUUAGAUUGUAUAGGGUGAUGGUGUCUAGUGUGGUUAUUGGUAGUUGUUGCAGGAUUUUUAUAUAUAAAUAUGCAAUAUGUUUUCAUUUGUGUAUUUUACUUUCUGAUUGUUAUUUUCCAUGUCAGUAUGUGUAUUAGCCCCGCGGUUCCUCUCUUCCUAUUCUGCAUUUUUACUAAAGCAAUUCAUGAGCUCUUCCCUUUC